AAUUAAGGGGAGGAGCGAGGGAUCGGGGCUAGCGGAGACCGGCCUGCCGGUGCGCGGCAUGUCGCCUUUGAUCGCGUCGGCGGCGCUGCUGCUGCUUCUGAUGCUGGUGGCGGCGGCAAUGGCGGACGUGACGGCGGCGACGGUGGCGGUGUCGGAAGGGUACACGGCGCUGUUCGGCUUCGACAACAUCCUCCGCUCCGCCGACGACCGCACCGUCAGCCUCCUCCUCGACCGCACAACCGGGUCCGGUUUGGUAUCGUCGUCAAUGUACCACCACGGCUUCUUCAGCGCCUCCAUCAAGCUCCCCUCCGACUACACCGCCGGCGUCAUCGUCGCCUUCUACACAUCCAACGGGGAGGUGUACGAGAAGACGCACGAUGAGCUGGACUUUGAGUUCCUCGGCAACAUCCGCGGCAAGCCAUGGCGGGUCCAGACCAACGUGUACGGCAACGGGAGCGUAAGCCGGGGCCGAGAGGAGCGCUACGUGCUCCCCUUCGACCCCACCACCGAGUUCCACCGCUACUCCAUCCUGUGGACCCGUGACGCCAUCAUCUUCUACGUCGAUGACGUGCCCAUCCGCUACAUCCCCCGCUCCAGCUACACCGUGGACGACUUCCCUUCCAAGCCCAUGUCCCUCUACGCCACCAUCUGGGACGGCUCAAACUGGGCCACCUCGGGGGGCCGCUACCGCGUCGACUACAUCCACGGGCCCUUCGUAGCUUCCUUCACCGACCUCGCCCUCGUGGGAUGCCGCGCCAGCCCGGCAGCUCGAACACCCACCGACGACGGGUACUGCACCGAGGCGGAGGCGGCGCUGGCGGCUUCAGACCCAGCCGUGAUGACGCUGGCGAAGCAGCAAGCGAUGCGGCGGUUCAGGGAGCAGAACAUGGUCUACUCCUACUGCUACGACACGCGACGGUACCCCGUGCCCUUCCCGGAGUGCGACCUCGUCGAGUCGGAGAGGAGGAGGUUCAAGCAGAGCGGGCACCUUCGGCUCGCGUUCAGGCGCCGACGACGCGGUCGUCGGCCUGUGAGGGGUGUCGCCGGUACCGCCAAGGCCGACAUGUAAUGUACACUACAUAGCGGCUCGAUCGACGUCAUUGUGUUAGGAACGGGAUCUAGUUACUCAACGAUGAUGGAUACGGAGUAGUAAUUAAUUAUCGUAUAUUCUAAGUGGGGCACGUGCCCCACUUUGUCUUA